UAAACUAGUGCAUUCGCCGUACAUACAUCUUAGUCCGAAUUAUUACGACUUAAAAUACAUAUAUAGUAAUGUUUUGAAUGUAUUAAAAACCUGAGUCUUUUUUUUACUUGGACGUGUUUUAGUCACAUAAUCGUUUGUGGGAUUUACAGAGGAAGAGGAGUGCACAGCUAACGCUGCUAGCCGCUUUAUUCAUAUAUUAUUUUCCACAUCUGAGAGGCGGGGAAUCCAAAGCCAAAGCUGUCAAAACAUCGAGACUUUUGGAUGCAUUCAAUUAACAGCAGCGUUUCAUUUCAUAGUCGCCUUAUCUCGGGACUUCUGUUUUCCGAAGACAACAGCCAGAAGCUAUCGAGGAAUUACAUGGAUUAUCUGUGCUUCAAGACGUUGUGCUGUAAAGGACCUCCCCCUCCCAGACCAGAAUAUGACGUGGUUUGUAUCGGUCUGACGGGUUCUGGGAAGACCAGCCUGCUCUCCAGACUUUGCAGUGAGGCAACAGACAACAUCAUCCCUACCACAGGUUUUAGCAUUAAAGCGGUCCCGUUCCAGAAUGCCAUUUUAAAUGUCAAGGAACUCGGAGGAGCGGACUCAAUUAAAAAGUACUGGAGCCGGUACUACCAGGGCUCUCAGGGGGUGGUGUUUGUUUUGGACAGCGCUUCGUCGGAGGAGGACCUGGAGGUGGCGCGUACAGAGCUCCACUUGGCCCUGCAGCAUCCGCAGCUCUGCACGCUUCCCUUCCUCAUUCUAGCCAACCACCAGGACAAACCUGCUGCCCGCUCUGUACAAGAGAUAAAGAAAUACUUUGAGCUGGAACCUCUGGCACGAGGCAAGAGCUGGAUUCUGGAGGGCAGCACGGUGGACAGCAUGGACGCGGUGAAGGAGAGCUUCGGUCAGCUCAUUCAUCUGCUCGAGGAGCAGGACCACGAGACAGGCAGGAUAUGACCCGGGGACGACAUCCCAGCAUCCCUCAGACACUACCGAACGCCAACUCACCACAGGCCAGCACAUCCCGGUUCAGCCUGGCCGUCGUGUAAACUACAUUGUUACUUCAACUCUGUUACUGUGGUGAAACAAAUUGAGCCAUGGGAAAAAAUGGACUAUGAUAAAUCCUCACGUAAGGAUACAUAUCUGCAGAAAAAGAAGGUACCUCAGCCCUUAAGUUUGAUACCUUCUCUCAAACCACACGUAUUAACCCAGAACAAGCGUUCGACACACGAUUACCAUUCUCAGUUAAAUGGUUGUAUCUGUCCUUUUUAAUGCAGACCUAGUUGCACAUUGCUACUAAAUAGAUGGUGUAAUCAUAUUCUUGGUCACGUAGGGCAACUGGAAGUCAUGUAGUCCCUAGUUUGUUUUCUCAGCACAGCGUGCGAGUGAUUGCGUGAAUGCGUGUUUGCGAGAGAGAUAUGGCAGUUUGUACUUAAAAGCCUUAAAGUGAGUCCUAAUGUAUUUUUAAAACAAACGUUUCAUUGUGUUCUCACAAACGACAGUCUUUAGAUGUAACUCAAAUAGUCCGUCUUAAAUAUUUGUGGCUGUGAAGUGAAAAGAAGAGUGAUUCCUCAGUCGUGAAUAAAUAAAUAUUCUAUAAUAUCUCUAAACUGCAUGGAGCCGCACUUGAUGUACCAUUGGAGCUUUAGAGUGACUAUAAAUGCACAUUUUUAAUUUGGGAUCAUUGAGGACACUGAUGUUUUCAUAACUUGGUCUAGUAUUGUUUGACAGCUGAUCAUAUCCAGGAUUUUGCUCGUCUGUCUCUUUAUCUUGGAUGGUAUUGGUUGACAAAGCCCUACUGAAACAUAUAACACCGGUUUGACUUCGUCUUUUCACCAAAGACACUACAACCACAAUCAGCCCCUUUAGGUGACAGCCUUUGAUUUUGUAUGCAUGAUGUAUUUACCAUGUGCUUGUUUGGAUAUCGCGUUAUUGGAAUUUUUUUGUAUUUCUGUUGGCCCUGAAUGUAACAUGCUCUCUCUGCAUCAUCACACCUCCUCUAGUCUCAAUGUGGUCCCAUUUAGAUGAGUUUCUGGAGGAGGAAGGAAUGCAAGAGCCCAGUCCGGUGUUAACCAAAUCAUUCAUGUGCCACAUCAG